AGAAGCAUGAAGUGAUUUAAAAAAAGGAAAAAAAAACAAAUAAAAAGGCUAGCGAAAAAUGAAUCGCAUAUAUAUACAAAUUGAAUUUUCCUCUGCUUAAAUGUCAUCAUUCUCGGGUUUCGCUUCCGGCAACUCUGCUUUUGGGGAAUCACAAUUGCCGAAUAGGGAGAUUUACGAAUUGCCGAUGGUUAGAGCAAAGCCAAUCAUGCUUCUUCAGAAACGAAGCCAAACUCAUUGCCGAUAAACUCUUACGAAAUAUAAAUUAAUGCAAUUUCCAGUCUGUAUAAUCCUUUGGCUAACUCUUUGUAUACACAACACCCAUUGCUUAAUUCUUUGACUCUACGAGUUAGAUUCCUGAUACUGGCGAUAAAAUACUUCUAGACGAAGGAUUGUUUUGUUGUGCUUUGACAUCCUGGACUGAAAUUUCGAAAUCUUCGUUUCAACUUGCAUUUUGAACUUUUUUUUUUUCUUGUUCUCUUCUUUACUUGUCUUGUUUUGUUGAUUUGAACUCUUUUCGCCUACUAGGUCUCUCUCUCUUCCUUUUUUUCUGUUUCCUUGUUACAUCAUUUUCGUUUGUUUUUUUUGUACAAAAGAAGCUUGCGGUAGUGGCUGAGCUGAAAACUGGAUUUUUCGUAUUACCAAUUCCUUUCAUAUUUGUUUCUCCUUAAUGUUUUUGUCCUAUUUGCUUGUCCUUUCAAGCUUGUGUUUCAUUCUCAUCAGUUGCCAAGUUUUGGACCCUAAUGGGGAACACUCUCAUCUUCAGCUCUCUCAACUUGACAAAAGAAAUUGGAAAAAACCACCACCUCCUCCUUCCACCAAUGCUUCCUAUGCUCCCGUUAUCGGUUCUUGCAAUGGCUCCAAAAGACUUCUUCAUUCCUUAGAGUCUGGUCAACUUCCCGAAUUAGAAGCUAACUUUCUUAAAAAACGCUCACAAUCAUCUGAUGAGGCUCUUCGUUCCUUUUUACAAUCUGUCCAUUCCACCUCCUCACUCGACUUAGACAGCCUUAUUGGUAGCAACGGUCCUCGCCUGGGAAUUGCUGUCUCUGGUGGAGGAUAUCGUUCUAUGUUUUUUGGCGGCGGUGCCCUAGCUGCGUUCGAUAAUCGAAGUAACGAUACCACUUUGGGUGGUCUUUUACAAGGUGCUAGUUAUAUCACUGGUGCAGAUGGCGGCUCUUGGCUUGUCAGCUCGUUAGCAAUUAACGAUUUUCGUACUGUACAAAACUUAUCUUCUUCCAUCUGGUAUUCUCGCCUUGGUAUCUUUUUCGUUGAGGAAACGCGAUUUGGCGACAAUGAAAAUUAUUAUACCGAUCUCGUUGAUGAAGUAAAUCAAAAAGCUGCUGCUGGUUUUAAUGUAAGUUUGACCGACUAUUGGGGCCGUGCGAUUGCUCGUCAUACAACUGGCCGCCUUCGAGGUGGUCCCGAUACGACUUACUCUUCUGUGCAAAAUGCUUCCUGGUUCCAAGGUGCCGAAUAUCCCUAUCCCAUUCUAGUCUCUCAAGGCUUACCUGGUGCACUUGCCUAUGGCCAUAAUUCCACUUCUUCCAAUUCAAGUAUUUACGAGUUUUCUCCUUAUUACUUUAACACCUUCGACAAUAAUGUCCGUGCUUAUAUGCCUCUCGAAUAUCUCGGCACCAAGCUAAAUAAUGGCUCUGCUGUGGAUGAUAACUGUGUCACUUACUUCGAUAAUGUUGGAUUUUUGAUUGGCACUUCGUCAACUCGCUACAAUGAUGCUCUCUUGGAUGUAAGUUUGCGUCAGUCGCGUAUGAGCCGUCGACUUGGUUUUACUCUUCGCCAUAUGAGGAUUAAUGGUUCAGCUGUUAGCUAUUAUAACAACAUGUUUAAUGCCGCUUCAACUAUAGCAGGUGAUGGCACAGCUGCUUCGAAUGGUCUUGUGAGUGCUCCUUAUGUUGACUUGUACGAUGGUGGAGCUGAUAAGCAAAAUAUUCCAAUUUGGCCUUUACUUCAACCAGAACGCCAUGUUGAUGUUGUCUUUGCGCUCGAUGCUAGUGGUGAUACUGACAAUUACUGGCCAAACGGUACAUCCUUAGUAUCAACUUAUGAACGGAUAACUCAGAAGGCCUCUGAUGCUUCGUAUGCAGUAAAUUCCUUUGUUCAUAUUCCUCCAGUGGAAACUUUUAUUAACCUUGGCUUGAACAAUCGCCCAACCUUUUUUGGUUGUGAUGGACGCAACACUACGCGUAAAAGUCAAGUGGUUGAUGAUAACACUCCUCCUUUGGUAGUCUAUCUCCCUAACACACCCUGGACGACACAGUCGAAUAUUGCCGAUGAUCGCUAUCGCCUUGGUACUUCUAACAUUAAGGAUCUAGUUCAUAAUGGCUUUGUUGCUGCUACUCAAAACAACUCUACCGAUUUUGCUUCUUGCUUGGCUUGCGCCGUUGUCCAAAGAUCCUUGGAACGUCAAAAUCAGUCAACUCCUCAAGCUUGUCAGCAAUGCUUUUCCCAAUACUGCUGGAAUGGUACAGUUGACAAUUCCCCUGUUUUCGAUCAAAAGGGCAACGUAAAAUACAACCCUUCCAUGAAAAGCGGUGCCAUGCGUCUUUCUAAUAACAUUGUAUUAUCUGGCUUGCUUGCAUUCUUACUCAUUUUUUAUAUUCUAAGUUGAACCAAUAAUGGAAUUCCCUGAAAAGUUUCAAUACCGUGUCCAGAAUUAAUAAUUUAAUUUCCUAGUCAUAGGUACAACUGUCAAGUACCUAUUGCUAUAAUUUACUGUUAUAUUUCUGAUUAUCCUCAAUGUGUCUUUGUUUCCGGGAUUGUUCUUUUACCUUAUAAAGUUUUUGGCUUGUUGUACCAUAGUAAAUAAUUAUUCUACAUGUCUUUUAGAUAUGUUCAUUCUCGGCUUACUUGCAUACAUAUAAUACAAGAGUUUAUCGUCGUUUUACUACCUUUCAUCUUCUUUAGAAGCAUAAAGAAGCCUUUGUACCUCAUAACACAUCCCAUCUAAUUUC